CGUGUCCACUUAUAGAGCGACGACUCGGAAACCGCAGUGGGCGGCAGUUAUACUGCGUGGCGGACUCACAACAAAACCAUCCAGGGAUUUAAUCACUCGCGGUUUCCGAUAAGCCCCUGUGUUCGCGAACUCGCCUGACGUGACCUGUCUGUGUUCUCUCUGAUAUGGAUUGACAGUGUUCUAUAUUGGUAGGUUGUACUAGCAGUGGGUAGCUGGAGUCGCUGACGCGCUUCCGCAUUCAAUGAUUCUUGAAACGGCGACCGGGAUAUAAGACAAGACGUCAACCUGCUAGUGAGACUUGAAGUAGGACACAGAGAGGGUGUACUACUAGUACGUGAAGGACGGAACGAGCGUGAACUCGUGAGUUGAAAACUCUGUCUUGGAAGGAUUUUAGCACUGGUAUAUAUCAUAUGUUCUAGUGUUGGAACGUGGCCGUUGUACCGUUUGUAAUUGAAACGCAGCGUCAAUCAACGCAAUCUUCAAACCGAACCGAACAUAAACAUUCCCCCGAGCGGCAUCACGAUGAGCGAGGUACCGACCAUAGUGGACGAGAUGGGGAACGUGUACGAUGUGCUGCUCGGCAAGGACCCCGAGUCCAACCUGGGCUUCGGCAAGUACAAGGACAAGAAACAACUGUACUGCAGAAACAAGGGGUACCACGUACAGAUCCUGCCGGACGGGAGAAUAACGGGUACCAAGGAAAACAACGACCCGUACGCUAUGCUGGAGAUCUUCUCUCCGGAGCCGGGAGUGGUGACCAUACGGGGGGUGGAGGCCGACAGAUUCCUGGCCAUAAACGAGUCAGGGCGCCUGUACUCAUCGGAUGUUUUAAACGAGGAGUGUUACUUCCUGGAGACGCUGGAGGCCAACAGGUACAACACAUACAGAUCACAGAAGUACGCCCAACAGAACUGGUACAUGGGCAUCACCAAGCGAGGGGAGCCCAAGCUGGCCUCACGGACCAGGAAAGGACAGAAGGCAGUCCAGUUCCUUCCAAGGGAAAUCACUUCUUAAGUCUUCGUUGUAGCCCUAAAGAUAUGUGAGAUUAUUAUAUGGAUUUCUAUAGUUAGCAGAGUUUUUUUUGUGUCAUUUGUGUCGAUAUAUUCUAUUAAUAUAUAAAAAUACAUACAAGCUAGUCCAUCAUAUGCAGAGUUGGUCAUCUGUACUGUCUCAUUGCAUUGAAAGUAUCAGACAUGGAGUAUUGAAGCCUAUCCCACAGGGCAAAUACAUCUUGGUUAUACGUACAAGACUAUAUAUAAAUUUAUAGAAUAACAGUGAAGUACUAUAUAUUAGAGCCAUAGAUACUGCCAAACACGGCACAUUUCCAUAUGAAGCCAUAGGCGGUAGGCCAUCGAGUUUUUGUUGAAAUCAGUAUUAGUUUGCUGUAAUAAAAAUCUGACUCCACGGAAAGAUUCCCUAGAAUCGUACACUUAUUACACACACGGUGUACUCGGUCCACGGAAAGAUUGCCGAGAAUCGUACACUUACACACACUAGGUAGCCCAUGAUGAAGCCAUACAGUGUAUAUGACUGAUUUCAGAUUCCUAGGGAAUUACCUGUAACAUAUUCAAUGCAAUGCAGACAACAUUGCAGAAUAAAGCACAAAAUGCAAUAAUUA